GCGGGGGGGCUCCAUUGUUGAGGAUUAUGGAUGAUAACAAUGGAUGGAGACAAGGAAGUGUGUGGAUUGAGUGUGCACUGUGGGGAAUGUGGGAUGGUUGCGUGACAGAAAAUUAUGUACUACAAUCUAUGGGAAUUGGGAAUCUGUCAGAGAGGCUGCAAGCAGUCACUAAGGAGAUGGUCAAAGAAAGAUAUGGGUAUUGCUUUAAGCUGGAUGGGGGCAGGCGAUCAACAAGCAAAUCAUGUGACGAAUCUUCUUUCACCAUAACAAUUUAUGAUUAACUCGCCAGGUGAAAGUCCACUUCUGUUCCAAGCCUCUAUUUAGUUCCAGUGAUUCUGAAAGAAACUGAGAUUUUGAAGUCUAGGAAAAUCAGGCUGAUCUUUCAUUGGUGAGGAAAGUUGGUGAGCAGGAACUUCAGGAGUGGGAUCAGACACUGCAAUGGCCCACAAGAGGAAAUCUCACAGAAUUGGAAUCAUUGGUUUCGGUCACUUAGGUCAGUACCUGACAGAAAUGAUUGAGGAAAAGGGGCAUCUGUAUGGUCUUGAACUAGCUUUUGUGUGGAACAGAAAUCAGGAGAAGAUGGAAGGGAAAGUUCAAAAGGAAAUGCAGCUGGAGGAUCUCAGCAUGUUUAUUGAGCGACGUGCUGACCUCAUUGUGGAAGUAGCUCAUCCUCAGAUAAUAAAGGACUACGGUGAAGAGUUUCUGAAACAUGCGGAUUGUAUGGUUGGUUCUCCAACUGCAUUUGCUGAACUGGGAGUCGAAACUAAAUGUCGAGAGGCAGCAAGCAGAUAUGGACACACCUUAUACAUACCCAGUGGGGCCCUCUGGGGGGCAGAGGAUAUCCAGAAAAUGGCUUACAGAGGAACCCUGAAGGGUCUGAAGGUGACAAUGAGCAAACAUCCAGACAGCUUCAAACUGCGAGGUCACCUCCAGGAGCUGAAGGAAAGCACGAAGGGCCAGCGGGUUGUGCUGUACGAUGGGCCAGUGAGGAACCUGUGUGACCUUGCACCGAACAAUGUCAACACCAUGGCUGCUGCAGCCAUGGCCGGACACACUCUGGGCUUUGACCAUGUGCAAGGCAGCCUGGUGGCUGAUCCUGACCUAUUGAAUUUUCACAUUGUGGAUAUUGAAGUAACUGGUCCAGUAGACAAGUCCUCAGGCCAUGAAUUUACAGUCAAGACAAGCCGGAGGAACCCAGCCCCUGUGGGGGAAGUGACAGGCAUGGCUACUUACACUUCAUUCUGGAGCAGUGUGCUUAACUGUAAAGGUCAUGGAGGCAAACUCUUUCUUUGUUGAGGAGUCAUCCAGUUUGGCUGUGCUGAGGAACAGAGCCAUCCAUUCAGGUCCUCAGAGGUAUAACUGUCUUGCAAAAUUAUAAUAAACUGCAU